AGUACGAGUACGUACAAUACCUGGUAUUACAUCCGGGAAUCAACCAGUGUUAAAAAGCAUUGUUGUUUGAGUCUUCACAAAACAUAGUCGUCAAUUUACUACAUGCAAAUGUUCAACCUUUGGACAUCUACAGCUCAAUUCGAAGCCAAGCUUGAGGCUUCAGAGAGAAAAUUAUUAGAAAUCUCGAAGCGAUAUACGACACUAUCGGCCGAUUCGUUGGAAUUGACGACCUUCGAUACUUACAUUCCACGAUCCGCUGUUCCUUGCCUGAAACCGGCAGAAACAAGCGAAGAUGAAAAAUUAAAAAUUCAUUGCGUCCGUGCCACUUCCAAGGAAUCRGGAAACGAAAGUACAGCGCUACCCCUUGUCAAUCUCCACGGUUACAUGAACGCCGGAGCUUAUUUCUAUCGGAAUUUGAGUGGACUCAGCAGCUACUUUCAGAACAUUUAUGCCGUUGAUAUGUUGGGUUGGGGACUUUCGUCGAGGCCCUCGUUUGACGAGGUGAAAGCGAACGAAACUGUUCAAAGCGCGGAAGACUUUUUUGUAGAAAGUCUUGAAGCCUGGAGGUCUAUGGUACGUASAGUAAUAUUGUUCGCAGUGAAUCCAUUUUUGAAGCAACUGCUAACGAUGAACUUUCCAAAUGACAUGAAAAUCGAAAGAACGAAAUCGAUCAAAUGAUCUUAUCGGGCCACAGCUUUGGUGGAUACGUYGCGGUUGCCUACGCUGAACGCUAUCCAGAGCGUGUAGAUCGAAUAAUUCUCUUAUCUCCUCUCGGAGUYCCAGAUGRAAAGGAUCCCAACAUACAGAGAAAGAUGGAUUGGAUGCAAUCAUCACUACGCGGCAAAUUCUUUGUGGGAGUAUUUCAGACAAUGUUCGAGUGGACCACUCCAGGCGCGGUUAUACGAACCUUUACAGAACAUCGUGGUACAAUGAUGGCCAGGAGUUAUGUUGAAAAAAGGUUGCCAGAAAUUUUCGAUGACGACGAAUCUGAAGCACUAUCAGAUUUAUUUUAUCUCAGUGCUGUUCURCCACCGUCCGGCGAGUAUUUCUUGCGGAGCAUUUUAAAUUCUUCUUUUUUAGCGAAGGAACCUCUCUUAUUUCGAGUUCCCAACCUWAAGGUGAAAUCAGUAAACUUUUUGUACGGGACUACGGAUUGGAUGGAUAUCUCUGGAGGAAUGUACACGCAAGCCUUGUCUCACAGACUAUCGAAAAUUCAACACAAGUCACCGAUGUCAUCUGCUGUGUUUACAACUCCAGACGUCAAGGUUUAUUUGGUUCCUAAUGCAGGACAUCUGCUGAUAUUGCAAAACCCCGAAGUGGUGAACGCUUGUAUGAUAAGGAUUGCAGGAGGGAAUAUACCCAAUUGUGAAAUGCCGACGUUAAUGGAUUUAAAUGAAACAGAGGAGCUAAAUGAAUUGUGGCUAGAGCACACGCGGAAGAUACGGAUGAAACGAACCAACUCUAGCAGCCCAUAACAAUCGAAGCGAAUGGUGAAAUAGAAGUAUGAUGCUAAU